GUGAGUGACAAUGACAGUGACAGUGACGUGUUUACGUAUUAUUUUUAAUUGUGUUGUCUUAUAGUUGAAAAUUGAAAUCUCAGAAUAAAAAAACUGUAUUCUGAGAUUGAAAUGGCCAAAAUUUAUAAUAUAACAAUUAUAUAUCAUAGGUAAAUAUUAAAAAAAAAUGGAUGCCAACGAUGUUCUGGACGACAAGGACAGCGGCCCCGAGGUGCAGCUCAACUUGCCCGGGUCGGUGCUGAGCCGCAUCGAAGAGUUGAUGGGCGGAACGGAGCAGUUCGACAGUGAAGAAUUCGACGCGGUGGCGUACAUCAACCGCGUGUUCCCCACGGAGCAGUCGCUGGCGGGCGUGGAGUCGGCGGCGGCGCGCUGCGAGUACCGCCUGGCCGGCGUGCAGCACGACAUGCGCCGCCUGGUGCGCGCGCAGCACGAGCAGCGCCAGGCCGGCCAGCGCGCGCUGCUGGCCGCGCGCCGCGCCGUGGCCGAGCUGGCGCUGCAGGUGGCCGACGUCAACCGCAAGGCGGAGCGCAGCGAGGGCAUGGUGCGCGAGAUCACGGCCGAGAUCAAGCAGCUGGACUGCGCCAAGUGGAACCUCACGGCCGCCAUCACGGCGCUCAACCACCUGCACAUGCUGGCGGGCGGCGCCGCCUCGCUGCGCAGCGCCGCGGAGCGCCGCCAGUACAAGGAGCUGCUGCUGCCGCUGCAGGCCAUCAUGGAGGUGCUGGAGCAGCUGCGCCUGUACCGCGACAUCCGCGAGCUGAACGCGCUGCGCGACGAGGUGCACGCCGUGCGCGCCGCGCUCGCCGAGCAGAUCCUGGCCGACUUCCGGCUGGCGCUCACGGGCGCGGGCAAGGGCGGCGUGUCGCAGCGCACGCUGGCCGAGGCGUGCGCCGUGGUGGACGCGCUGGAGCCGCGCGUCAGGCGCGAGCUGGUGGAGUGGUUCAUCAGCACGCAGCUGCAGGAGUACGAGCACCUGUUCUCCAGCGAGCAGGAGUGCGGGUGGAUCUCGUUCGUGGAGCGGCGCUACGCGUGGCUCAAGAAGCACCUGCUGCGCUUCGAGGACUCGCUGGCGGCCGUGUUUCCGCCCGCCUGGCGCCUCAGCGAGCGCCUCGCGCAUCGCUUCUGCAAGCUGACGCGCGCGGCGCUGGCGGAGCUGAUGCAGGCGCGCCGCAACGAGCUGGACGUCAAGCUGCUGCUGUACGCCAUCCAGAAGACCUACAACUUCGAGUUGCUGCUGCACAAGCGGUUCGUCGGCUCGGAGCUGGGCGCGGAGGGCGCGGACGAGCACGCUCUCAAACUGGACUUUGACGAUGGAGAUAAAGAGGAGGCGAGCACCGCCAGCAAGGGCUCGCCGUGGGUGGGGCUGAUCGGCGCGUGCUUCGAGCCGCACCUGUCGCUGUACAUCACCAGCCUCGACACCAACCUGCGCGCGCUCACAGACCGGUUCAUACAGGACGCCAAGGCGGCGGACGCGGGCGGCGGCGCGCCGGCCGUCGGCAGCGGCGCGGGCGCCGUCAUGUCGUCGUGCGCCGACCUGUUCCUGUUCUACAAGAAGUGCCUGGCGCAGUGCGCCACGCUGUCCACCGGCGAGCCCAUGCUAGAGCUGGCGGGCGUGUUCGGCAAGUACCUGCGAGAGUACGCGGGCGUGCUGCAGCGAGCGGGCCCGCGCGCCGCGCCCGCGCCGCCGCUCGGCGUGCCCGCGCUCGUCACCAACCUGCACACGCUGCUGCGCGACGACGGCAGCGCGCAGCGGUAUACGAAGCACGAGAUCUCCAAGAUAACCAGCGUCAUCACCACGGCGGAGUACUGCCUCGAGACCACCGUCCACCUGGAGCAGAAGCUGAAGGAGAAGAUCCUCCCCGCGCUGGCGGACAAGGUCGACCUCACGCCCGAGCAGGACAUGUUUCACAAGCUGAUCAGCAACUGCAUCCAGCUGCUCGUGCAGGACCUGGAGCUGGCGUGCGAGCCGGCGCUGCAGGCGAUGACCAAGAUCUCGUGGCUGCACUUCGACACCGUCGGCGACCAGAGCUCCUACGUCACCCAGAUCAUCAUGCACCUCAAGAACUCCGUGCCGAACCUGCGAGACAACUUGGCGUCCUCCAGGAAGUACUUCACGCAGUUCUGCAUACGGUUCGCGAACUCCUUCAUCCCCAAGUUCAUUCAGAACGUGUACCGGUGCAAGCCCAUCUCCACCGUCGGCUCGGAGCAGCUGCUGCUGGACACCCACAUGCUGAAGACGGCGCUGCUGGAGCUGCCCUCCAUAGGCUCCGACGUCAGGAGACAAGCGCCGACCACGUACACCAAAGUGGUCAUCAAGCUGAUGACCAAAGCGGAGAUGAUCUUGAAGCUGGUGAUGGCGCCCCUGGACGGGAACCUGGAGGGUUUCGUGGCGCAGUUCGUGCAGCUCCUGCCGGAGAGCACCCUGGCGGAGUUCCACAAGGUGCUGGACAUGAAGGGCGCCAAGCUGAGCAAGGCUCAGAUGAGCUCGUUGGACGCGCUGUUCAAGCAAACUACUAAGACUGCCAACAGUGACAGUAAUAAGUAACAUCGUGACAUUGACGACGGAAACGCAGGCUUUUUUUCUAUUUAAUUACAAGUUAGCCCUUGCCUGCUCUCAUCUGACGUUAUGUGAUGAUGCACUCUUUAGGUGAUAGGAAGAGGUGCAAGUUCGUUGUACCCACACCUCCGACGGUUCCUACGCGACAUCGUACUGAACCGUUAAAACACUAGGCGGUACGUCUGUGCCGGUAGGUAACUAGACCAGACCUCAGCCGACUAAGAAAAUAUGAAAUCCUAAACAGGCCUGCAGCUCGCUGUUGAAAAGUACACACUACCGAUUGCGCCGGAGGUUCCGUGUCCCAACGGCCAGCUGUGGCGCUGGCGCCGGUCCGCGUCAGUGCGCCGACGCAGCGCUGCGUGCUGUGUCCGACAGCUGAAUUAGCAUCUUGUAUUCGCACGGCGCCCCUUGCUAUUAUUAGCAGAGAUUUUUGUUAUUGUAUGCGACAUUCCGUAUUAUCUUGCGUGCAAUAAAAUGUUAUUAUUUAUAAAAUAAAUUUUAAUUUUUCAUGCGA